UCAUAUUUUUCUCACCUCUCACACACAUGGAGUGUAACAUUCCUUCAGGGCCAUCUUCAAAGACAAAGGAGAAGAAAAAGGGUGCAAAGAAAAGCAAAGGAUCAUCAUCAUCAGUGAAACUCUCAACCGAUCCACAAAGUGUUGCAGCUAGAGAAAGAAGGCAUAGAAUCAGUGACAGGUUCAAGAUUCUUCAGAGCAUGGUCCCUGGAGGAAGUAAAAUGGACACUGUUUCUAUGUUGGAAGAAGCUAUUCAUUAUGUUAAGUUUCUUAAGACACAGAUUUUGUUUCAUCAAACAAUGAUUAAUAACUUUGUUGAUGAUAGUGAUCAUCGUGAGUGUUUUUCACCAAUGUUGCUUCCAAAUGGUAACAUCAUUGAUCAGCAUAAUGUUUUAAGUUCUGUUGAAUCUGGCCAGAAUUUGCCACAGUUGCCACUAGAGCAGUUUUGUUUUCAACAAGGUGGUGAAGAUUUCAAAACCAUGUUUAAUGCUACUAUGAAAUAUUAGUCAUGUGAAUUAGUUAAUGAAUUAAUGUCUCUACCUUGUGUUUUUGUCUACUAGUGUAUGUAAAUUAGAUGUGAAGUUUUAUGAUGGUUAAAAUGCUAUAUAUGUAGUGUAUUUUAUGAGUGAUGUUAAUGUAGU